AUGACGACGAGUUUGACCACUAGUAGUAUUACUACGACUACUACUACAAGAUUACUGUAUUCGUAUUCUCCUUCUCCUUCGUUGUUGAAAGGCACCACAAAACGACGCGUAUCAUCAUCAUCGAGAAAAAUCAUCGUGAGAAGAAAACAAGUUAUUCCAUCAUCAUCAUCAUCAUCUUCUUCUUCUUCUUCUUCUUCUUCUGCGACGACAAAAACGACACAAAGAACUGAACUCAGAGGGAAAGAGACGAGAGCGAGGAAAUUAUCCGUUCCGUAUAAAGAUGGGAACAAAGACUGCGACGUUCUCGUAAACGACGAGGCGAAGGAGAAAAUCAAAGCGAGAAACUGCUCGAAAUACGUCUCUUUAAUCGACGGCGAAAAUCCAAAGUUGAAAAUAUUGUUGAACGUCAUAGAAAAAGACUGGGACAGAAUAGGCGUGAAGAAUAAAAACGCCGGACAUCACACGCUGUGGCCAGAAGCGUUCGAAGCCGGAAAAGCUUUGUUAGAGGAGUGUUUCCCGGAGGAGUGUUCGCCGGAGUUUGGAGGCGAGGUGUUAAACGGCGUCGGAUUCGUAAACGAACCAGAGUUUCAAAAGACGCGCGCUAUCGAUUUUAUGCAAAGAAGACCAAAAGGCGAUUUCACGCACUGUAAAUAUAAUCCGUUGCCGAGAUUACACCGAGACCCAGAUGCGAUCGAUUACAAGUCCCCGAACUGGAUGGAAACAGCCAUGGAAAAUUCCGAGGAGUAUUCGUACCGGUAUUAUAACGUUUGGAUCUCGAGGACGCCGAAAGAUCCAACCGGACAAGUCUGGGAUAAUCCGUUGUUAGUCUUGUUGCCGAAAGAUGGUGGCUCAAAGGAGUGGAAAUACGACAUUCGAACGGAGAAAGAUAAUUUAGACGAAAAUGGGAACGAAAUUAAACCGCCGUCGGCGUUUGAGCAGAUCAAAUCGAACCCGAUGGCGGCGGCGCCGAUUGUUAUGAAUAUGUUUUCGACCAAGAAAGGCAAAGAUUUCGGCGACGCGACCGAUCCGAAUUAUUUAGCACGAGGGAGCCCAGAGCUCAUCGCAGACGACGAGCACGAGUGGGUGACUGGACCAUUCGUCGCGUUUGAUUCGUUUGAUUGUUGGCACGGGUCCGGGAAGUGGGAUUCUGACGCGAAGAAGAGUUUGAUCGAGGGGUCGAAAAAUCCCAUGGAGGCGCGCUCGGAAGCCGCGAAAGGUAGAAUUUCCAUGGAGUUACGGUUUAGAGCGCGGUGUAAACCGAACAGCAGGGAAGGUUUAGCCUGGAGUCCGGUGAGUGCGGCGUAUAGAAGUAACAAGUUUACUGAAGAUAGCGUGCGACCGAGCGAGCAAACGUACGAUUUACUGAGCGGUAAAGCUUUAUAA